AUGGGAUUAUCGAGAAAAGAUGAGCUUGGAUGGUUCUUGGAACACAUGAUGAUGAGGUGGGCGUUUGCGGUCCCAAUUCUGGUGCUGGACGUGAAAGUGUACGGGCAGUGGUUCACCAAGGGCCGGAAAUACUGCCUGUCAGCGGUGGCGAACCCGACGAGCCAGAUGACGGUGAUCGCGAACAUGGCGGCGGCGGCGGCAGCGGCGGCGGCGACGACGGACUUGAAGGAGAUUGCGACGUGCAUGUUUACGGUGGGCUUGGCCCACUACCUCGUACUUUUCGUGACGCUGUACCAACGCCUCGCGGGGAGCGAGAGCCUCCUCCCCGCGCUGCUCCGGCCGGUGUUCUUCCUCUUCUUCGCCGCCCCCGCCACCGCCAGCGUCGCCUGGGCCGCCAUCUCCGGCGGCGGUGGCAGCGGUGGUGGUUUCGACACCGCCGCGAAGAUGCUCUUCUUCCUUUCCUUCUUCCUCUUUCUUUGCCUGGUACGUACGUAG